AUGUGGACGGCUCGGUGCCUCUUGGCUCGCACACCUUAUCAAGUCAUCAAAGCUAAGAGCAUAUCCCAUGACUGCUCAAAAAGCACAACGAUUCCGAUGUGGAAGAAUAAAGGCGAUAUCGCAGGCUUUUCAACAUAUCGGCCAAACCGGGUGAUGAGCCAGACUCAAAAGAUCUUUGAAAGAGUAUUUGAAACACUAUCGAGCGAUUAUAGAGUUGUCGUCCAAAUAGUGCGAGUAUGUAAAAAGUGUCGGUAUUGCUUACGCCAUCCAUACUAUGCGGAUGGUGAUGGAAAGUAUAGAGAACAACGAAGAGAGUUACAUGUCGCUUUCCUUGAUAUGGAGAAAGCUUUUGACAGGGUACCCCAUGAUGUCAUGGGCAUUGCGAAAGCGGCUGGUUCAUGCUUCCAGAAUUAUACUUUCAAUGGAAUCUAUUACGACGCCAUAAACCAUGUGCAAACUGCGGCACGGCAGUCUGCACCAGUCCGCAUAAAGAGUGAUGUACAUCAGGAAUCUGUGCUCUUUCCUCUACUCUUCAUCAAGUCAGGACGCAGCGACAGAAGGUAUCAAGCGGCUAUGGGCUCUCCUGCAUGCAGAUGA